GGCUUCCUCCCUCAGAGGGCCCCGCCCGGUUGUUUGCGGGCAGGGGCACCUCCCCUGGCGGGCGGGCCCCGGGGUCUGGAGGUUCCGAGCGAGCGACGAUUGGCUGACGUGGUGGCCACGCGUCGGGCCUCAGAAACUCGGGGCGAGAGCCCAGAGUCGGCUCUCCAGGCAGUGCCAGGCGCAUCUCCGGUAAACAGCUAAUCCAAAAGUAAAUGAGGAACUUAGAAAAAGAUUGCCAACUCCAGAUCAACAUAUUUAGAGAAAAUUGGAAAAGGAGAAGCAUACGACAGCUUUAUUUGAGGACUUUUUAAAGAACGCAGAAUUCUAGCUGUUAGCUUCAAAUCUUGGAGCAAAAACCAGAGACAUUGCCAGAACAAACAAGAACAGAAGUACACAUGGAGGACUGGUCAAAAGAGAUAGCCCAUAGUUACCUUGAACAAGAGACUACAGGGAGAAGUAAAAGUACAGAGCCAGAUGAGCAACCAACUGUGAAUUCUAAGGAAAACAUGCAUCAGAAGUCCAAUGAAUUGGUUAACGAAGCCACCUAUGAGGACACAGAACUGCCAGGGCAGAGAUCAAGGAAUUUUCCCUAUCCAGGUGAUGAGACAGCUGACUGUACUACUGAAAAAUCCAACAUUGUGGAACACAGAGAUCAUGAUUUGCAUUGUGAGUGUAUGAUCCCUUGUCAAGUUACUUCAGACUUAGAUAAAGAGAAGACAAUAGCAUUUCUUCUAAAAGAAUUGGACAUUCUCAGAGCAAGUAAUAAAAAGCUUCAAGAAAAACUGACUAAAGAAGAUAAGGAACAGAGAAAACUAAAGCUUAAGCUGGAACUCCGGGAGAAAGCAACAGAAGCUCAUAUUGCUGAGAAGACAGCAGCUCUAGUUGAAGAAGUUUAUUUUGCACAGAGGGAACGCGAUGAAGCUAUUAUGUCUCGACUGCGGUUAGCCAAUGAGGAGAGAGAUGAAGCAAUUGCACGAGCAAAGCAUAUGGAAAUGUCUCUAAAACUGCUAGAAAAUAUUAACCCUGAAGAAAAUGACAUGACAUUACAGGAAUUACUGAACAGAAUAAACAAUGCAGACACAGGGAUAGCUAUUCAGAAGAAUGGAGCUGUAAUUGUGGAUAGAAUCUACAAGACCAAGGAAUGUAAAAAGAGAAUAACAGCAGAAGAAAUGAAUGCAGUGAUAGAAGAACGGGAUGCUGCUUUGUCUCAGUGCAAACGGCUAGAGCAGGAGCUUCAUCAUCUGAAAGAGCAGAACCAGACUUCAGCAAACAACAUGAGACAUCUGACUGCUGAAAACAAUCAAGAACGUGCUCUGAAGGCAAAGUUGUUAGCUAUGCAAGAAGCCAGAGAAACUGCAAUUCAACAUUACAAAAAACUAGAGGAAGAAAUCCAAACGCUUCGUGUUUACUACAG